CAUUAUCAUGUUGUUCAACUUGUCGUUAAAUUUAACGAGUCGUUUAAAAUUGUCAAAGUGUCGUUAUAUUUAAUCGACCUCAUUGAGGGUGAUUAAAUUUUAAUCAGUUGAUUAACCACAAUCUAAGAUGGCUGUCAAUGUUUUGUUUCAACCACCUGUUGUAAGAAGAGAGAGACAUUUUCGCGGUUUUGACCCUCUAGAAAGGGAAUUUUCUGAUGAGGAGCUGAGGCAGAGAUAUAGAUUUGGCUGGGGGACUAUUGCAUACCUGUCAGAUUUAAUGAGAGGGGAUCUGGAGCGUGGGACAAACAAGGAGACAGCCCUUUCAGUGGAACAACAGGUAAUGAUUGCCUUGAGGUUUUAUGGAAGUGGAUCACACUUGCAAGUAGUUGGGGACACGAUGGGAUUUGACAAAUCAACUGUGUCUCGGGUGAUUAACCGUGUGACGGAUGCAUUAGUUGCCAUGAAGGAUGAUUUUAUAUCGUGGCCAGAUAAUCAGAGGAAGAAUGUGAUAAGGGCUGGGUUUUAUGAAAAGGCAGGUUUUCCAAACGUGGUUGGAUGCAUUGAUGGGACUCACAUACGGAUUACUGGGCCUAGCAUUGAUGAACCAGCAUUUGUUAACCGAAAGGGGUUCCACAGCAUCAACGUACAAGCCAUUUGUGACCAUGAAGGUAAUUUAAAACACUGUAUUAUACCUAUUUUAUGUUUACAACAUGCUUUGUGUGCGUCCUUUUUCUUGACAUCUUCAAUCGUCCUUGACCAUAUACAUGACUGGUUUUCUGUUGAACUGGUUUUCAGCUAAUUUGAAAAUCGAUGGAAAAAGAAAGACACUCAAUCUUGUCGUACUUUCUAUUGGAUCCGUAGACUCAUUGCUUUUUACCAGAGACAUAUAUGGUCAUAUAUACACAUAAUGGGUCUCUGUUUUUACCGUUUCACUUUUAAAUAGGCUGGAUCGAGUGAACUGCUAAGAGUUAAUGAACAUAAAUUUAUUGAUCAAAAUAGUAAUAUAGAUUUGCCCACCCAACCCUUAUCUGCUUUAGGUAGAAUUUGUCACUGUCAGGCUUAUAAACUUUGAAACGUCAACAAAUAGUGUACCCCAUGCAGUUUGAAGGAAUUCUAGAUCUACCUCUAAACGUUUCAGUUAGAAGA